CUUGCGAGACAUUUGUGUUUCUCCUAUAGUCAUUUUAGUUAGUGACUUUGUUUGUCACACGUGAGAAUGCGUCUGUUAGUCGCGAGUGUCGUCUGUGUGCUGCUGGCGCUGAGCUUUCCAGGUAUCGUCUCCAAACUUGAAGACAACAUCACUGCAUGUGGUGAUUUCUUUUUUGAAGAUAAGUCUCCAGUUAUUCCUGGCAUUCUGGAGGAUUCAGUCACACAGGAUAAUCGUUACAAAAUAAUCUGUCAGAAAUAUAAGAACAAGAUCAGGUUUGCGACAAUUUACGACACAACAAACAGGAUUCCUGUCUUCUCUGCUUACAAAUAUACUGGGACAAACAACUUCACAAGACCAGAAAUUCCACGAAUUUGGAGGACUGAGUCACAGCUCGAACCUUCAGAUGCUGAAAUGCAAGUGCCGUUUUCCAAGCAGGCUAGAAAUCAAGACUACUGGAUAAAAGAUACAUGUAACUGUACCCACGGUACCUUAUUUCCUAUAAAUCACACAGCUGAUACAGAAACUGCUAAUUCUACAUUCACACUGACCAACAGUGUGCCGGAGAGAAGCGGCUUCAGGGAAGAAAUUUGGAAUGUUGUGGAAAAAACAACCAAGGAAGUCAUGGACAGGUACUGUCGUGAUAACAACAACAACAUUGUUGCAUACGUGCUGACAGGAGCCGUACCGAGUAAGGCUAGUAAGCUGAACAAUAGAGUAAACAUUCCAUCAAAUGUGUGGACAGCCUUUUGCUGCUAUAACAGAACAGAAACAUCAUGGGUCUCUAAAACCUUUAAGGCAGAAAACAAGGCUAAAAACGUGACCAUCACACUCAAGAGCCUAGAGAUCUUACAAAGUUUCCUGACCAAAGAACUAGGGGUAAAUGUUGAGCUGUUCAAAAACAACUGUGAUGUUGUUGCAUCUCAGUUCAGAUGCAGGAACCUCCGAAACCAAUGGCUGCGUUCCAUGAGCAAAUGCAUCAGAGCGGCACGACGAAGGCCAUCCCUGGUCUUAGAAUGCCACAAAAUGCAUCCUUCCCCCAGAAUGCAAUGUAGAAGACUAAUUGAUCAUGAUAGCCAACUCCGUUUGGGAUUUUUUUCAGAUUAAACAUUAAGCAAGCAUUCUGCAGCAUACAUGCAUGGUUCCUUACAUAUGAUUGCAAUAUUAAAAUAUUACUGCUGCAUUGCUGUAUAUGCUGCAUUUUACUUUUGCAUGGCUGGUUAUUUUGAUAUCGUGUCUAUCUGUCAUAUAUUCUGAGUAAACCCUUGCAAAUCUAUUAGUCUUCUUCAUCAUAGCAAUGCCAAUAACAUAGAUGCCUGAGAAUUCAGAAUAAUAUAUAAAAAACCACUUUUUGAUCAUGACAAUCAUGUAGCUUUUCAAGAAAAUCUGUAUUAAAAGCAAAUGUGUAUCAUCAAAUGCAAAGAAAAAAGAAAAACUGUCAUCUUUAAUAAAGCUUGCAAAUGCAAAUAAUGGCAUAUCAUAAUCAUCUUACUGACGAGUGUGUUUUGUUAUCAAUGGAAGAUAAAUUAUGAAUCAAGCAACUGAAUAAA